AGCUAAAGAUCCUUGAGGCUUGACAUCAGCCCGCAGGGCCAGGUCGAGCCCGAGGGAACCGCAACCCGGAGCGGCUGCCCCGCUACCGGCGAGCGUGGCCAGCGUGCGCGUCCGCGGGUCCAGGGAGCUCAGGGCACAGUACUUACGCAGAGCCACCCGGUCGCCCGAGCUGCAGGUCCGCGAGGCGAGGGCAGGCGGCCGAGGCCCGCAGCAUCCCGCCGGCGUGGGGCCGGGCCCCGGGGCGCUGCCCCGCACCUGCAAUGCGGCUCCUACCCGACCCGGGCCGGCGGUUGCAGCCGUUGCGCCGCCGCGCCUCCCCCGCCGCGCCGGUGCGCAGCCUGGCUCCGAGCCCCGCGAGCGAACCUCAAGGAUUCCUUCUCAGCGCAGGUGCGCGCCUCACCUGCCAGGGUCCCUCAGGCGGCUGCGGCGCUCGGCCUGCUCCUCGCGGUGGCCCGCGGCCCAUGGGCAGGAACGGUCCGAGCCGGGUGCGCGGCGGCCCUGCCGCGGGGCACGGACACUCAAGAGACGCCGCCCGGCCGGCGCAUCCCGCCCGCUCCCUUAGAGCGCUCGCCGCGAUGCACGCCGGGAGCCGUUGGUUGCCCGGCCAGUCCUCGCAUCCGAGGAUGUCUGGGGAGACGGUGCGGCGCCGACGCGACGGCGGUCUGCUAGUGAUGGCCCUGCACAGUCCCGGCCCUGGCCGCGCAGCAUCCCGCCCAGGUGAUGAGGACCUCCCCGCGUCCCCAGCGCGCCAGGCUGCUGCUGCCGCCGCCGCCGCCGGACGCCUCCAUUGUCUGACCACCGCCAGGGCUCGGCUCUCGGCAGGUAGAGAUCUACAAGAACUGAGCAGCACUCGGUAAGGGGCUGAAGAGAAGAAAGGUCUCCUCCUUGUUCCAUAUGCUUACCCUGCAGGGAAGGACUCACAAAUGGAUAACAGGAACCACUGUAGAACACAAACCAAGUGCUUCAGAUGGAAGAGGGAGGAAUCCUGUCAAGAGCCGGGAGAGCCGGGAGAGCUUUCUUACAGAAGGCUUUAAGAGAUGUGUGGGCGUUUGCCGAUGGGUAUAGUGAGAAGGUAUGACUGGGCCCGAGGAAAUGGCCAAUAUAUAAUAUCCUUCUGGGGACUCAAGAAAACACAGCUCUCCAUCCCAGCCCCUGAAGAUCUGACUCAUUGAACCUGAAGCGGAGCCUGGAUGCUGGAUGCUCAGAUUACUCACAGCUUCCCAGUGUGCCUCUUGCUCUGAGAGCCUCUUGUUCCGGAAGCCUUGCAGGAUGGCGUUAGAGUGUCUAUCCGUGGAAACGCAAAGCCUUGGGUAUUACUGGGGUUUGGGAGUGGGGGCUAAGCAAUGUUGUGGGAGGGACCUUGGCAGGGCCCUAAGAGACUCCCUGUGUGGAUCCUGAGAUCACAACUCUCAUCUCUGAGGACAGCUCAGGUGUAGGGUGUUCUGAUGCUUUUGCACAAAGGAUAAGGGGGUACAUGCCUUUAAUCCCAGGCAGGCUAAUCUCUCUGAGUUCAAAGCCAACCUGGUGUACAAGGCGAGUCCAGGACUGCCUGGGCUACACCGAGAAACCUUGUCUCAAGCAAACAAACAAACAAACAAACAAAAACAACAACAACAACACAAAAAAGAAAAGAAAAGUCAGGACAAGCUAAGGAACUUUACUGAGAACGUGGUUCUAUCUGACUCCUGGUUCUGCAAUGAGCAUCUACCACAACCAACUUGCUGGCUUGUAUAUUAACCUCCCCCAUCUUUGCCUCUGCUACUCAGGCUCCAGGGGUCUUGUCUUUCUGAGUAAGAUGCAGACAUCAGCCACUUCCCUGCAAAUGCGUCAGCACAGGUGCCAUUGGUAGGACCUCAGCAUUUUUUCAUUUUCUCUUUCGAUGUAAAAUUUACAAGCAAUGAAAUACACAGAUUUUUUUUCUCUCAAGACAAGGUCUCUCUGUGUAGCCCUGGCUGUCCUGGAACUCACUCUGUAGACCAAGCUGGCCUGGAACUCAGAAAUCCACCUCCCUCUGCCUCCCAAGUGCUGGACAGAUUCUUAAGUUCUGUAUUCAUUGUGUUAAGACAUCUCAGGCUAGCCAGAUGGGUCAGCAGGUGAAGGAGCCUGCUGCCAAGCCUGAUGAUUUGGCUCCAUCUCUGGGGUGGGCAUGGUGGAAGCAGAGAACGGACUCUCGCAAAGUGUCCCCUGCCCUGCACACAUGCAUAUGUAGUACACACACACACA